GGACAAGAUGGCGGCGCCCAGCGGCGGGGCCGGUAAUGGCGGCGGGGCCGGCGAUGGCGGCGGGGCCGGGGCCGCCCGCUACUGCCUGGUGAGCGGCAUCCCGGCCGCGCUGCGCUCCGCACAGCUCCGCUCCUACUUCAGCCAGUUCCUGGAGGCCGGCGGCUUCCUCUGCUUCCACUACCGCCACCGGCCCGAACGGGGCCCGGCAGGCGGCGGGGGGCCGCCGAGCACUUGCUGCUGCCCGGUGGCCGUGAGGCCCGGCCGCGCCCGCCGCUUCGUCCGCAUGUACUCGGGGAAGAGCUGGGUCGGGCCCGGCGGUGCCUCGCUGCCCGGCCGCUGCGUCGUGCGCAGGGUCCGCCUCGGCCCCGGGACAGCCGCCGAGGCGUUUCCCAGCGGAGCGGACGCGAGGGCCGCAGGCGAAGCCGUCGCGGAAGCAGACUUGAAGCGGCUGCCCGAGUUCAACCCCCCUUCCUGCAUGCCUUUCGGGAAUGUGGGCACCCCCCUGAGCGUCUUCCUGGAGCUGAUCCGUGCCUGCAGGCUGCCUCCCCCGGUCAUCAAGAAAUUGCAGCUGGAUUUCCCGAAGACAGGCUCAUGCCGGAGGUAUGGGAACGUGCCUUUUGAAUACCAGGACACUGAGACAGUUAUAGAAGAAGAAAGAGUUUACACCGCCACGGGGGAUGAGAUCACGGAGGACGAGGGGCCUGUGGCAAGAUCUGAGGCGACCGAUCCAGCCAGCGCUGAGGAAGAUGAGGGGCAGGAAAAGGAGGGAGAGGAGUCGCACUCGGAUGACGACAAUGACACCUGUGAGGAGUGGGAGCGACAUGAGGCUCUGCACGAGGAUGUGACGAAGCAGGACCGCGUGGAGGAGCGGCUCUUUGAGGAGGAGAUCGAGCUGAAGUGGGAGAAAGGAGGCUCCGGCCUCGUCUUCUACACGGAUGCUCAGUACUGGCAGGAGGAGAAUGGAGACUUUGAUGAGCAGACUGCGGAUGACUGGGAUGUGGACAUGAGCGUCUACUACGACAAAGAUGGAGGCGAUAAGGAUGCUCGGGACUCGGUCCAGAUGUGGUUGGAACAGAGACUCCGGGAUGGCUUGGAGGAUGGCUCCGUUUCAGGGCAGCAAAUCGGCACCUUUGAGAGAUACACCAAGGGCUUUGGCAGGAAGGUGCUGGAGCAGCAGGGCUGGAUGGAAGGGCAGGGGCUGGGGAGCAGCAACUCUGGAAUGGCCGAAGCUCUGGACAACGAGGGUCAGAAUCCCAGAUGCAAGAGGGGGCUGGGAUACCACGGGGAGAAACUGCCAAUGUUCAGCAAGGUGAAGAAGCCCCGGCGGGACGCUUCCGUCCUCAUCUCGACCAUCUACGAUGACCCUGACCCCAUGGACAGCGGUGAUCAGCUCCUCAGGCGCCAGCCGCCCACUGCCAUGAAGUACAGACAGGACAUGCCAUUUGUCCGGGCAUCACGGGGCACCCUGGAGAGCUUCAGUGCCCAGUCACACUGAGUAAAGACUGUCAGAGCUUUUUUUUAACUAGUGCUGCUCCUGUCAACCGCAGGCUGGCUCCUGCUGGUCUUGAGUCUGGAGCAGAGUGUUCAUAUAUUUAUUUUUGGAAGAAAGAAUCUUUUAAAAAAACAAAACCAAAACCUGGUUGUCUUUUUUUUUUUUUUUCUCCUCCUUGAACCACUCUACUGAGAGGGGGGAAUAUAUGUUCACUGGGAGCGGAGUGGGUGUUGCGUUUUAUACUGGAGCUUUAAAGCUGAUACUCCUGCCUGGAUCAGCUGAGCCUGUGUGCUAGGUCUGCAGCCAGCUCAUCCCAAAAACUAGAGCUCGUAGAUCAUGGAUCCUUGAGACCUAGGGGAGGACAAGUACAGACAGGGCCAGCUGUGGCAAUGUAACUGUCCUGCAGAAAGCUUGCUGCUGGCCCGCAGCUUCGUCUUGCUUGGGCGUGACGAUCCCACAGUCCCGGGAGAAACUCACCGGGAUGAAAGACGUGCCCUGGCAGCCUUUGGGAGGCGUCUCCCUGUGGCUGAGUGUAGCGGCUGCUUCCUUCCAUGGCUCUCCAAGACCAAUUCCAGGCUGCGGAGUCCCUUGGCCUGAGUGCUUUCAUCCCGGUGACCUGGUAUUGUGGCGUUAAAUGUGGAUUAGGUGUCCUCUGUGCCAGCGGGCUCUGGCUUGGCCCUCUUGCUGACUUUGCACUCCUUGAUUAAACACCUCGGGGACCGUG